CGGCUCAGAAACGAAGAGGCAGCCAUAUUGAAUUUGCGGCCGAAUGGCUGGUGGUCAUUCUCGUGUGAAAAUUCUUUUCACUCACAUUUUGGCUGGUAGAAUCAAACAUUUUUCCGAAUAUAAGUCAACAUAUAACAAAAAUUUGCCGGUUGUGCCGCUAGCUAAUAAAAAUAUAAACACGCGCCAGUUGCACAUCGUUUGUUGUUGUUGUUGGCAAACAAUAUAAUUAGAGCGCCGCUUCUUUUUUUUUUUUGCGGCGGCAACUAUUGUGUAUUUGUUGGGCAUUUAGUGCGAAUCUUGGUGAUUCCAAGUCCCAGGAGCAGCAAUCAUGAGCAGCAGUACUCCGGGCAGCGAUGGUGCCCUGGCGACGCCUUCGCCAUCACCGCUGGCCAAAAUGGAUGUGGAUUUUACGGGUUCCAAAUACGAAAUGCACGCCACGCUUUCGGAAGAGGAGCGCCGGUUCUAUCUGAAGAUGUACCCCAAUGUGGAUCUGGUCAACCAGCGGAAGGUGCACUGCACCGUGUGCAAACUGCACCUGGGCACGGCACCCGGCUUCGAGAACAGCAUCAAGAUGCAUCCCAUCCUGCGGGUGACGCACUGCGUCAAGUGCCACGACUUCUACAACAGCGGCGAGUUCUCCAAGGGCGAGGACGGCUCGGAGCUCUACUGCCGGUGGUGCGGCCAGGGCGGCGAGGUCUACUGCUGCUCCACCUGCCCCUACGUCUUCUGCAAGUCCUGCAUCGUGAAGAACCUCUCCAAGGGCGUCAUCGUGGACAUCGAGCAGAACGAGCACUGGAACUGCUUCAGCUGCACCUCCAAGAUCCUCUGGCCACUGCGUGCCCAGCACUGGGCGCUGGUCAACUACCUCCAGACGCAAAAGAGAGCCCUCCAGAGUUUGCAGCUGCCCGAGUCAGAGAUGCGUCGCCACUUGCUCAAGGACAGCAGCAACUGCUGCCGCCUGGCCAAGUCCAAGGCCAGCAGCCUGUCCGACUCCAUGGAGAGCCUGGAGUCGAAUGUGUCCAGGCGCAGCCAAGGCAGCGCUGCCGGCUCCACCAAACGAGCAUCCCUGCAGAAGGCCGUUCCCUCGGCUCCGCCAGCCAAACGGCCAAAAUCCUCGAAUGACGAAGUGGUCUGCACACCGGAUCUACUGAGCAUGCUGGAGCCGGACUGCCAGCUCUCUGUAACCCCCAAGCCGGCUAGUCGUCAGUCGGUGCCAGCGGCCAGUGUCACAACUACAACUCCCAGGAUUGUGACCGUCCAGCAGAACUACCAACCCGCUCCAAGUUCCAGCAGCAGCAGCAACAGCAGCACCAGCACCAGCAAUGGAGGUGGCCCCACCACGAUGGUUACGCCGCGGAGCAGCCUGCCGCCACCGCUGGUGCUGAGUGGAUCGGGGAUUCGUUACCGCCAAAAUGCCCCGGGCACAUCCUCGAAUGUGGUGCGGCGCACCGUGGUGCCCAACUCGGUGAAGACGCCCGGGCCGGUCUUCCACACGAUCAGCGGUUUCCGGGUGGACUUGAACAGUGCUGCACAGCAGGAUUCCUACCGCCUGCCCAACGGGCGAUUGAUUCAGGUGAAGCGCCAGUUGCCGCAAGCCAACCAACCGUCGCCACCGCCUCCUCCGCCGCCCAUGGCCCUUCCGCCCCAAGCCGCCGGUGUGGUCAUCCGGCCCAGGCCGCCGCUUACCGCCAACAGGCCAGCGCUGCACAUCAGCACCUAUGGCAGCAACAUGGGCAUCUACAACCCGCAGACCAACCAGCAGCAGCGGGCUCCACAUGUGCGUGUGGCGAACGCCAGUCAAGUGCCGCCCCCAACACUUCAAGGCCCAGCGCCAAGUGCCAAUGGAGGUCAGACCCUCAUGAUUACCCCAGUACCGCCGCCACCGCCGAAGGUUCCGACGCUGGUGCGGCACAACUUCCCCAACACACCGAUGGGCAUGGCGCGUGCCCAGCUGCAGGAGCAGAUCUUCAGCGCCAUGGACAUCUGCACCCAUCUCACCGGCAAAGUGGUCUCGCUCACCCACUCCAACGCCUACAACCAGGUGCGCAACUACAUGGAGCUCAAGGAGCUGUACAUCCACAUGUCCUACCUGAUGACCUACGCCAUCGGGCGGUUUAAGAACCUGCAGGAGAAGUGUCUGGUGGACAUGCGGGAGAAGGGUUUCAAGAACGACGCCAACAGUCUGGAGAAUGGCCAGUUGGCUGCCGAAAAACAAGCCAGCGAUGACGAGGAUAAUGAAAUUGAGAUUGUGGAGCCAAAAACGGACACCAUUACCAUCGAUUCGGACAACGAGGACGAUACGCCGUCGACCUCAACGCAACAACCUCAGCAGGAGGCUAUCAUGAAGAUAACCUCCGUGACAUCGGCGGCACCGAAAAGGGAGCUUCUGCAAAAGGAGAACCAGGUGGACAUCGAUGUGGCCGCCUUCAGCUCCACGAUAUUGGCCAGUCUGCUAGAAGUGGAGAUCAACGAUGGCUCCAACGAGCCCAAGUCCGUUUCGCCGGGCCAAAAGAAGCAGCCGCGGAAGAAGACAACCAAUAAACCAAAUCCGGCACUUUUGCAGCUGGAACGCCAGCGCAUGGAGGAGUUCAAGAAGUGCGAUGCCAAGCUAAAAAUGAAGGCUGUGGUCAAGUUGAGGCGGGCCGAGGACCAGUUCGAGGUGGCGCGAAAAUGGGUGGAGGACUGCAGGAAACGGGAGCAGAAGUUGGCCGCCGAGAAGAAGGGUUCGAGUGUGGAAAAGGAUGGGCAAAGCAAGGAGCCAGAUUCAGCUAAGGAACAAAACGAUGAAAAACUCAAAAACAAGGAAAAAAUUGGAGAAAUACUAAAGGCGGCAAUAAAAGCAAAAAUAGGAGAGAAAGAUAAGAAAGUUGCCGAAGAAAUAGAAGCUCAAGAAGAAAAUGUUAAAGAGAAAGAGAAUAAGUUAGCGAAAGAAAAAAUAGAUAAGGAAAAAUUAGCAAAAGAAAAAAAAGGGAAUCAAAAAUAUGCCUCCAAAGAAAUAGAAAAGAAAAAAAUAUCUGAAGACGAAAAGAUAAAGGCAAAAAUUGCCGACAAAGCAAAGGAAUUAACAAAGGAAAACAUUGUAAAGGAAGUAAAGCAGAACGAGUCAAAAAGGGUAUCAAAAAAAGAUGGGGAAUCGGAAAAGAAAAAGGUUGAAGAUUACAAAAUAGAAAUGGAAGUGGAUUCCGAAAAUGUAGAUGAAACCGAAAUGGAAGUCGAAUCCGCAAUAGUUUCAAACAAAGAAUUGGUUAAUCAGAAUGAAAAGAAAAAUGAACCAAAAACCAUUUCAAAUAAAGAUAAAAUUAAUCAGAAAACUAUUUCAGAUAAAAAAGAUACAAAACCAAGUGAAGAAAUAGCUACAAUUGGAAAGGAUAAAAAGAAGAGUCUUAAAGUAAAAGUUUCUGAGACAGAAACAAGUAAAGUAGAAAAGAAUUUAGAGAAAGAACACAAAACAGAAAUAUCCGGUAAAAAAGAUUCAAAACCAAGUGAAAAAACAGGUACAAUCGAUAAGGAUAAAAAGAAGAUUCUCAAAGAAAAGCUUUCUGAGACGGAAACAAGUAAAUUAGAAAAGAAUUUAGAGAAAGAAAGGGAAACAGAAGAACCCACAGAAAAUAUAGAGAUGACAGAAGAAGCGAAAAAGAAUACCCCUAAAGAUGUAGAAACAGAUUUUAUUGAAGACACCCAAUCAGAGGUGGAAGAUAUUCUAGGGGAAGAAAAAACUCUGGAUGGUGAACUUGUAGACCCAGCCACAUCGAACUUGGACGAAGUCAUGGACACUUGCAACGAAAGCGAAGAGCCUUCUGCGGCGGAACUCAUUGAAAGCAUGGACGUCACUGAACUUGACGAAACGCCCAAAGAACUGCUAGAUUGCGCCAUAGCCGAAGUCAUUGCCAUGGAUGGUAUUGAACUAAGUGCAGCCACCGAGGAGCUGAUGAAGGCUUUGGCCUCCGAUAACGCAACUGAAGAUGAGACUGAUUUGGAUGCCAACGAUCUAAUUGAAAAUCUGCCCCUCGAAACCACGGAGCCACCAGAGAUUCUCUUGAAAGACGAUGAAAGCAAGACAUCCGGUAGAUCUGAGCCGCCGACAAAGACUGAUGAAAGUGCCACACCUUUGGCUGGCUCAGCUGAAAAUGGUGAUCCCGCAAUCGAAGCCAGUGAGUGCCCCGUCGAAUCCGCUCAAGAUGAGCCCGCUACGGCGCAGAUUGUUGGCUAGUUUAUGGUGAUCUUUUGAGGUCCCGCCGACGAGCAAACAUAGCACUGGACCUCAAAACCCUCCAUUUAAGAUUUGUACUAGAAAAGAGCAAAACACACAAAGAGUUUCAUGUAAAUACUUAACAGUUGCUUAUGAUUUGAACUCUCUAAAAAGGGAUUCAUAUUUCUGUAUAUCUUCUUCUGUUUUAGGAAUGUCUUAUUUUGGAUAUACACUUGUACAAACUAAUUUCAAGCAAUUUCCUUAAGGAAUCAAUAUUCUUUUGAAUGUCAAACAAGCGCAAAGCUCAGCAGCCUCAGAUAAGAUUAAUUUGUACACAAGGUUACAAAAAUAAAAAUCUGAAAAAAACUAUUUGUAGCAAUUAUGAACAUUUGUAAACCUUCCCAUAGAAUUUAGGAUUAGGUAUUGCAUUUCAUAAUGCAUUGUUAUGUUUCCGGACCGCUUCAAAAGCCUCUUAACCCACUCAAUUCAUCCAGAAAUUCGAGGGGAAAUGAAUAUACUAUGUAAGCUUCUCUCGAUGUUCACUCAUAAUUGUGUAACCAGAAAUACAUGAAGUACGCCAGUCGAUUUUAAAUAAACUAGCACUUAAGUUAUUAAUUGAUAUUAA